GAUGAUAGAUCCUAGCAAUAUGAUGCCUCCUCCCAAUCAGCAGCCAUUCCCUGGUCAGCCAUUUCCAUUGUCAACUGUUAGAGAAGAAUCUUCAAUUCCUAGAGCACACUCUGACAAGAAAUGGGUCUAUCCUUCAGAGCAAAUGUUCUGGAACGCUAUGCUAAGAAAAGGGUGGAGGUGGAAAGACGAUGACAUAACAGAGGAAGAUAUGACCAACAUUAUUAAGAUUCACAACCAAAAUAAUGAACAAGCUUGGAAAGAGAUUUUGAAGUGGGAAGCGCUUCAUGCUGUGGAAUGUCCAUGUGGACCAUCGCUGAUGCGGUUUGGAGGCAAAGCAAAGGAAUAUUCACCAAGAGCCAGAAUAUGUUCAUGGAUGGGAUACGAACUUCCCUUUGACAGACAUGACUGGAUUGUUGACCGAUGUGGAAAAGAAAUGCGGUAUGUUAUCGAUUACUAUGAUGGUGGAGCAGUAGAUAAGAACUACCAGUUCACUAUCCUGGACGGUCACCCCGCAUUUGAUUCUCUCUCAGCUGUGUGGGACAGAAUGAAGGUAGCUUGGUGGCGGUGGACCUCGUAACAACUUCUGUGGUGUGCAGGCAAAAAGCAGACCAC